GUGUCCUGCCCGCCUGAAACAACCACGGUGUGCGGGGAGUACCGAGGGUGGCUCCCUCUAACUUACUCCGAGGCAAAACACGACGUGUAAUGCAGUUAAAUGAGCUUUUGUCAGAGUCCACAUAUAACUGACGUUAUCCUGUCGGUUGGUUGUAUUGGAACUUGGAAGCUCCAUAAGCUACCGUUGAUAUAACGUCAUUUCCCUCUCUGUUCUUAACGGUUAAAACCUGAGAGCCGUUGCUCAACUGUCAAACCCAGCUAACAUCAAUGUCGACAGCUCAAAACUAAUCGUCUGCCUGUCUGUGUGUCUGUCCGAGUCUGUCUGUGUGUACGACACCAGUGGCCGGUUGUAUUUACCGAGGUGGACGUGACGCCAAAUUUAAAGUAGCAGGCAGCCAGGGGGGGAUUGCCCUCAGUUGAGCGUUAAGCUAUCAGGCUAACACGCGGCCAGGGGAAAGGUUUGUGGAGAAAAAAAAUCAUAAUAAAUCUGUUCAUUCAGCCCUCUUUCAUCGGAGAGACAAAACCCGGUGAGACUGAGCUCAUUCGCGGGUCUUCGUGAGCGCUGCCCACCGUCCCAUGCCCUCUGCGUGGAUGGGAGAUAGUUAGCCAGCGGAGCCGAAGAGGAAACCAGCCAGCAGUUCUGUUCAACAUGGAGGAUGAAGAGGUUGCAGAGAGCUGGGAAGAGGCGGCGGACAGCGGGGAAAUUGAGAGAAGGCUUGAGGCUAAGCUGAAAAUAAAUCAGGAGGCAAAGAAAUCCAGCUUGGGUUCGGGUGGCUCACCUGUUCGAACUGCUAUUGUAAUCCAGGAUGACUCUCUGCCUGCGGCACCUCCACCACAAAUUCGAAUUUUGAAACGUCCUUCAAAUAACGGUACGGCAGGAAACGCUGCAUCCUCAUCUCGUCCCUCUCAGCAGAUGAAGUCUUUGGCCCAGCGGGAGGCGGAGUACGCAGAAGCCAGACGAAGGAUUUUGGGAAGUGCUUCCUCUGAUGAUACGCCUCAGGACAAUCCAUGCCAGGACAGGCCAGCUCGUAUGAGCACGCAGCAACCAUCAGAACCAGUUCGUCCAAACAAUCAUGUGAUCCGCCAGCCCACCGGCCCAGAUGGCACCUCAGGCUUCCGACUCUGCAGAUAAACAGGAGCUACCUGCUGCAAGGAAUCAGCUGUCUCCCUGAGAGGGCAUGAAGGGUGGCAGUUUAAAAGGGGAUGCGUGUGGUAUGAAGAGCAGAGUGGUGGGAUGAUAAAUAUUUGACAGACAUUAGAAAUAUGAAGACGUAGCAUGGAUUGAAAUCAACUUCUCCACCCUCUCUCUACUCUGCUUACUGGCAUGGUCUUUGCCUUUCACCUUGUCUUUUCCUUCUGGGGAAUGUUGCAAGGGGCUGGCAGAGAUCAGCCAAAGAUCUGAAACCCCUUCUGUUCCACACUGUGAACAGGCUUUUGCCUCACAUCCCUACACACUGUGAUACUUUGAUGUACCAUGAGGUGCCCUAUGAUUUUAAGUAUGAUUGGCCGGCUGAGCGCCAGGGCAUCAGGUGUCUGUCUCUUCAGGGAGAAUAAGGAGACCUCGUUUAUCUGUGGGAAUUUCCCCGGAGACGUGCAAACGAACAAGCUGGCCUUUCCACUGAUGGAGCGUGGAUCAUGGCUGGGUGUCCACCGGGGAGCUGGCCUCAGUUUGUGGAGUUCAGUGGAAAUUAAGUGCUUGACAGUGCUGAGAGUUUGCUGUGUGUUCAGCAGCUUGAGUGCAAGGUGAUAGAAAGUCAAACUGAUCCAACCCUUUUAGUGAAAGUGCACAAAAGUGCGUUUUAAUACUGUAGUUGCAUAGCAAUGGCAGAGGCCCAGACCAGCACUUUCCACAGUCCACAGGCCUCUUGUUUGGCACUGGUGGCUAUGAAAGAAAUGCCCGGUGGGCACACAGCCUGUGGCCAAAGAUUAUAGAUCGGAAGGACAGAAUGUCACAAAAUCUAGGCUUAUUCAAGCAAUAAUAAUGAAUUUACUCCCUGGAUUAUUUUUUACUUAUUGCCUAAUUACCUGUGCCGUGUUUUGUUUCAGAUUAUCUUUUGUUUUAAACAGUUUACGUUGUUUCUUCAUGUUUUUUUUCUGAGACAUAAUAUCUUUAGGUCAGGAGAUCAGUAGUGUAUCAGAUUAGAUGACGUAGUCUGCAUAGGAAACUGUACUGGUAGUGUCAUAUUCAAUUUGUUCAAAUUGGAAAAAGUCAGACCUAUUCAUAAAGUGAAAAUCCAAAGUUAUUGUGCAUGUCCCUCUGUGUUGCCUUGCUGUUUCUGAUCAGAAUAGAUAUGUUGAAACUUCUUUUAUAGCCAGCUGCACUGCAUCUGUCGCAGUAUAUUGACCGAUUGUGCUAUUGAUGGUGGUUGCUUCAGAAAUAACGGUUUGAUGCCCAGUGUGGAAGAAGAUAUAACCACAUGACCGCUGCUUUAUUUUGGAAAAAACUGUCAGGGAAACUUGUGGCAACAACUACUAUUAGAAAUCUCAUCUCAGCCAGAUUCCACAGCCUGGUCUUUCCUGUGGUGGUUUUCACACAAAAGGCUUUAACACCAUUAUUUGUUGCCACCUAUUGAAAAAUAAAUCAAUCUCAUGAAAUACUGAUGAGUUACUAGUACUGAUAGUUACUGGCAGUUUCACAGCAAAAUGAACCCACAGCAAUCUUUGAACCUUUUGUCACUUGUAUGCCUUAAAUGAGAAAUUCCUGGCUACAUUUUCCAGUGGGUAGUGCUUGUUAAUCUUGUGCUCUUUUUGUGCACUUUGUGAUUAUUUCAUUGAAUAAAUCCAAAGCUUAUAGCUGCACUCAGCAUGAGUUUUAGGCAGACACAAAACCAGACUCAGUAAGAGUGCAAUAACGAUUUUCUUACACAACUGUGCUUUUUAACAAAUAAUUUCCAGUGCCAGUCAAACCGCUGAUUGGAAAUACUCACAAGAACUGUAACGAAUAGAAACUAUGAUUAACAGUAAAUUAAUUUGCAUCUACACUGCACCAAACUUAUUGUUAAAACUACUGCGUUUGUAUCACUCAUUCCAACAUCACCAGUGAGUGCAGUGUUGACAAAUGUCUGGGAAAUUAAAUGACGACUUCUUGUUGUUUGAUGACAGAAAUAUAAAUUGUCCAUUACAGCUCAAACAUCUCAAUAUUUCUGUUUUAUGAGAUAGUAUACACUGUUUGUAAACUGGGCCUACAACAUCAAGGAUAAAGCCCACAAUACAUGCUGUUCCCUGGGGAUCAGAUUCAAUUCUUGAAAUAAAAGUGAUUUGUAAUCAUUUUAAAUUGAUAAUUAAAAUCAACCCAUCCUGUACCUUUGUGAUCUACCCAUGAAGCUUUGUUUCAGCCAUUCACAGCCACCUGUCUAGUUUUGAUGUCAGUGUUUAUUUUAAAAACACAAAUGACAUUUGAAUACCCUUUAAUAAACACACUUCAAAAACAGAA